AUGUAUAAAUGUGAACGUGAUAGCAUUCAUUUCGCCAGAGAUGGAGGCCAUUUCUCUGAGUGCGAGAAAUACAAGAUUGCUUGGAUGGAAGACGAGAAUCAGCCAUUAAAUAUAUCCGUCGAGAGAGAAGAAUGCACCGCGGGAUGGGAUUUCGACACGUCAGAGAUGGCGUCGACGGUCGCGACGAGUCACGGCUGGCUGUGUGAGCGACGCCGAUAUUCCGAUCACAUUCUCGCCGUCGGAACCGCAGGGAACGCCGUGGGCACGCUCAUCCUGCCCUUCCUUUCAGAUAGAUUCUUGGGUCGUCGCUUCGUGUUCUACCUCUCGCACGUGCUGUACCUGGUGUUCACUCUGGCCUUCGUGUGGACGCCCAGCUACAUAUUCCAGCUCGUCUUCCGGUUCAUGGCUUCCCUCAGCUUCCAGACCAACUACCAGAUGCCUUAUAUUAUUACGCUCGAGUUCCUGCCGCCUUCGAAACGUGGCUUGGGUGUCCUGGUGUCCUUUGUAGCUUGGACGGCCGGAAUGUGCUUCACGGCCCUGGUGGCUUGGCUUAUCCCGCGCUGGGACUACCUCGCCCUGAUCUCCUGCAUCCCCCCGAUCUUGUGCUUCUUCUAUUUGCUGUGUCUCCCUGAAUCUCCCAGGUGGCUUCUCAUGAGCGGGAAACUGAAGGAGUGCGCCGCCGUCCUCAUCCAGGUGGCCAAGUACAACAGGAAGGAGUCGCCCUCCGCUUCUGAGCUCGAGGCCGAACUCCAAGAACUCCGAGACAACCACCCGAAGGAGGAGUCUCUGAUGCAGGUCUUGAGUUACCCCAAGCUGCGUCUGAGAGCUCUCCUGUUGCUUUUUAUUUUAACCUCCACGUAUAUGAUGUACGGUAUUCUUAUCUUCAGCAUCAGCGUCCUCAACAACUAUUUCCUGAGUCACUUGGUCUUAUCGGCCUUUGAACUCCCGAGCAACAUCCUGGGCUGGAUUUUCUCAGAUUACCUUGGUCGCCGCUUCACCUGCAUCUUCACCUUCAUUCUCGCGGCUGGGUUUUGUCUUCUUGCUCCGUUCUCUCUCCACAACGAUUGGGCUCACCUGGUGAUCGUGGCUUUUGUCAAGCUGUUCGUCACGCAGCUGUUAUACGUCCUCUUCCUGCUGAACGCCGAGCUCUUCCCGACGCCCAUCAGGAGCACCGGCUUCGCCUGGAUGCUGGUCGCUGGCUUCGCGGCGAUGUCCGCGGCGCCGUACAUCCUCAAUUCGGGAUUAGGUCCAGCUUUUCCCUACUGGUUCAUGAUGGUCCUAUUGCUCCUCUGUUGCCUGGCCGCCCUCCCACUGCCGGAAACCCUGGGGCUUCCGCUUCCCCAGACCUUCCAGGAGGCCGAGAACAUAGGCAACGGACGACCCCUUCUGACGUGGAUCCACCACUGGAACUACGAGAAGUUCGGUCUCCCGAGAACGAACUCCGAAGUGCUUGUCACUUCGAAGAAACCUCAUUGCGACGGGGACUCGGCGACGGAGGAAUCGAAGAUGAUCUAGACUGGGCAUGGAAUGUUGGACGAAUUUUGCGCGAUUGUAGCGUUUUCAUUAAAAAAGAGAUCUCUAAAACUGA